AUGGGGUCUCAAAUUAACGGGGGCAUGGAUAGUCACCGUGUAUGCAUUCACAAUCUCCUAGACUUCGUUCAGUGCAAUUCGUGCCUGAAAGCACGCAACGAACGAAAUGAAUUUGAGAAUGGUGCAUUCAAUGUCGGAGUGAUACCAGAUGGCCAAAUGGCAGAAUUGAUACAAGAUGAUGAAGAACUAGCGAGAAAACUUCAAAUAGAGUUUGAUGCUGAGCUGUUAGAAGCAUCUAAGAGGCAAGAAGAAGAUGACUAUGCUCUGGCAGUCUCCAUAGCACAAGGCGCUCAUGAUAUAUCAGACUCUGACUCUGAUAAUAUACUCUUUGAACAUGAACAUGUAAAUAACAUUGAAGAGUGUAUAGAUACAUUCCAGCAAAAUCAAUUAAAAAGUGCCAAGAGAACUCACAUAAAUAAUAAUGCACACAUAGAAAACAACAAUUACAAUGUUCAAACUGAGAUUCUUGCAAGUGAUAGUGACUCUGAUUGUACUGUUGAUUUAGAAAGUAAUAAAAGUGAAGGCAAUCUGUUAGACAAUAAACACAGACAACUUCCUGUUGGAAACAAAGAUCCAGACCUUUAUUACAACAAAAUGGAGUCUAAGUUCACUAGUAGAAGUUGUAAAGCUCCAUUGAAAAGAUCUCACUCAGGACAUGAUAUAUCAGAUAGUGACAGUUCAAAUGAUGAAACAGAAUCAAAAGGUGCACUCAUUGAACAAACAAUAUCAGAUUCAGAUAGCAAGAAUUCAGACAUUAUUAUUGAUGAACCUAAAACUAGAGAUGUUAGUAAAAUAAAAGGAAAAUCAAAAUGUUCAACAGUCUCAGGGUCUUCGACACCGGGGACCUCAUUAUCCAAAGAAAACAGGCAAAACAAGCAUUCAACAGAUUCUUUGAAAAGAGAUUACUCCAAAUCUCCACCCUCUAAAAAGCAAAGAUUGGACAAAGCAUCUUUACAAACUGCAAAACAUUCAUCUUCAAGCUCAUCUAGAUCUGAUCCUCUGAACAUUAUAGAAGCCUGCCAGCCAUUGAACUUUCUGCUAACAAAGGUCACUGGAAUACAAGAAAAAUAUAAUAGAUCUGGAGCUGUAGGAAUUAAAGAUCUUCUCUCCCCAUCUUUAGGCAGUUUACAGGAAUCUGUUCAGUUUAACUACAUGAUAGAUAUCCCUUGGCUUGUCCAGCAGUAUCCACCACAGUUCAGAUCAAAGCCUCUAGUGAUUGUGCAUGGUCACCAGAGACAGGCUAAGAUGGAUAUGGAUGUUGCAGCUGAUCACUACAAACACAUCAAGUUGGUCAAUGCCAAAUUAGAAAUCAUGUAUGGAACGCACCACACAAAAAUGAUGCUCCUGUUCUAUGAUAUUGGAAUGAGAGUUGUCAUACAUACAGCAAACCUUAUAGAAAAAGACUGGCACCAGAAAACACAGGGAGUUUGGAUUAGCCCUAUGUUCCCUAAAUGUAAGACAGCCAGUGAUGCUAAAGACUCUAGCACCAACUUCAAACAAGACCUGAUACAAUACAUGGAGGCAUAUAGGACCCCACACUUCAAGUCUUGGCUUGAGAAAAUUAAGCUGCAUGAUAUGUCUAGUGCAAAAGUCCACAUCAUUGCCUCUGUACCAGGAAGACACAUAGGUCCUGCUAAGCAAACAUGGGGACAUUUCAAAUUACGCAAAAUAUUACGCCAGCUUGGUCCAGGCAACAGCUGUAAAUCCUGGCCUGUGAUUGGUCAGUUCUCAAGCAUAGGGUCCAUGGGUCCUACUAAAGAGAGCUGGGUGUAUGGAGAAUUCACAGAGAGUCUGGCAACUACAAAGGAUGGUGGAGCUAGUCUUACAAUGAAACCUACCCUCAAACUGAUCUACCCAAGCAAGGACAAUGUUAGGACCAGUCUAGAAGGGUAUCCUGCAGGGGGCUCACUACCUUAUAGCAUUAAAACUGCAGUAAAACAGCAGUACAUGCAUCAGUUUUGGAAUCACUGGAAGAGUGAACAUAGGGGAAGGAGUGCAGCUUGUCCACAUAUUAAGACAUACACACGUUCCCACCCUGAUGGUACAAGUAUUGCAUGGUUUGCUGUAACAAGUGCUAACCUGUCUAAGGCAGCAUGGGGUGCCCUAGAGAAGAAAGGACAGCAGUUAAUGAUACGAUCAUAUGAAAUAGGAGUACUCUUCUUACCACAAAACUAUGGUUUAGAAAAGUUCAAAACACUCGAACAUGCUUCAGAGGACCCAUUAGCAUUCCCAGUGCCUUAUGAUCUCCCACCAACACACUAUGAAAAGUCAGAUCGCCCCUGGGUGUGGGAUAUUCCUUAUAUGGACAAACCAGACACACAUGGCAACAAGUGGUGUCCACAGUAGAACAGAACAUCAGCUUUAUGACUUUGACACUGGCAUUUAUAGACAAUCAUUGAAAUAAAUAUAAAUUGCUCAUAUCUGUAGAGCUACUUAUAGCUCUAUAUCUCAAUGAACUGAUUAAUGAAAUAUUAGGGGUGUAGGCUAUUUUAUUUGUUAUUAUAUUCAAGAUUUUUAAAUAUAAUAAUAACUGUUGUUUAAAAUGAUUUGUUUAUAUAUUACAUU